UUCAUUAAGGAAAACAAAAAUAUAUACUAGCAGUAUUAUUUUAGUUUUAUUCUUUUUUUAUUUUAUUUAAUUAAAGUCGUUAUUUUUACUCUAUUAAUUUCUCUGUCAAACUCGUACGGCUCGAUAUGCUGAUGCAGGCCAAAUUUCCGUGUAAAUACUAUCGGAUCUGAAAUGGGUUUUCUCAAUCCUAGAUUCUACUUAUAAUGAUAAUGAUAAGAGCAAUGAUAGUGUUGUGAAUCGAUUAGAUUUAAUAUAUAUAUAUAUAAAUUUUGGCUUCUCGUCCUAUUACUAUUUUUAUUUAUUUUUGGGAAUUAUGGCCCAAAUCUAACACCAUGAGGAAGAAGCUCGGUACUCGUUUCCCUGCUGCUCGGAUUAAAAAGAUAAUGCAAGCUGAUGAGGAUGUUGGAAAGAUUGCCAUGGCAGUGCCUGUUUUAGUUUCUAAAGCAUUGGAAUUAUUUUUGCAAGACCUUUGUGAUCGUACGUAUGAUAUAACCCUUCAGAGAGGAGCAAAGACUGUUAGUUCCUUGCAUUUAAAACACUGUGUUCAAAGCUAUAAUGUGUUCGAUUUUCUGAGGGAAAUUGUUAGCAAGGUUCCUGACUAUGGUCAUUCUGAUGCUGCUUCAGAGGAUCGAACCAUGCCAAAGAGAAGAAAAGCUGCAGGAGAUGACUUGAAUGAUAGUGACGAAGAGUCAAAGAGGAGUAGGAUUCAUCUGAUCAACAAUGCUAGCAGCAGUGGCAGGGGAAGAGGUAGGGGCAGAGGAAGAGGCCGUGGCAGGGGCAUUCGACUGCCAGACAGAGAGUCUUCUCUUCAUGAGGUUGAAUCUGUCCCUUGCACAUCCAUUCAGCAUUGCAGCAAACCAAACCCAAGUCCACAACUGCUGGUGGAUAACAAUUCAAAGGAAUCAUUAGAGGAGAAUAUUGAUGUUGGCGAUGGUGCCAAUCCAGCGGUUCAAAGUUCCAUCGUGAAUGCUGCCAAUCCAGCGGUUCAAAGUUCCAUUCUAAAUGCGGAUUUAGAUGUGAAUGCAGAUAGAACAGCCACAGCAGUAGUGGCCUGUGCCUCAUCAGAGGGGCCUACCGAGGUUAAUACCGAAGAGUGUCGUGACUGGUCACUUUCGGAAAUGGACAGAAUGGCCAUUGACCCUCUUCAUCUUGCACAUCUCAAUUCAAGGUUGGAUGAGGAUGAGGAAAACUAUGACGAAGAAUAAUAACUAACCAUGAUUUGAAGUUUGUGCUAGUAGAAUGCAAAUUGUUGGAUCGGAUUAGCAAGAAGCUUAUGGAGACCAUGACACGUCUACAAGGCACGAGGAUCGCUUAGUCCCCAUAGUUUUUUUUUUUUUUUUUU